AUGAUAAUCAGUGGAGCAGAAACAGGACCUUCAUCCGGGAAUGUAUUUAAAGGCCAUGGACUCAACCAUUGUGCAUGCGUGUACACUGAAUGCAUACGUGUACAAAACUGUAUUCACGGCGCCACACGCAUACAAAUACACCCAGCUCUAAGCUAUAAAUCGUGUGUGCAGUACAUAUGAGUUUGGUGUAUUGGCUUUAAUGGUAUCGGUGGACACGACGCGGUACGGCUACAUGAAGCGAUUUUUGACCCCAAGAAAAAGGCAUCAAAAUUCCUUGUUUGACGUCUGCUGCUUAAAGGGAUGUCCUGACUCGGUUAUCAUGAAGCUAGUCCUACUAUCAUAAGACAUAGGAGUUGGUUACAUUAUUGAGAACAGCAUGGAGUCGGAUAGCAGCAAGCUAACCCACCAAGACACAGCCCAAGAUGGGGCCACGGUAAGGAGCAUCUCAGAGAGGACUGCGGGAAGGAGAAACCAGGCAACAGAGAUUGCAUCAUCGUCAUCGUCUAUACAGCCAGAAGGCAAAGGGGGAAUCACUAAUUCACCUGCUGUGAUGAACCCAAGUGCAGUGCUCAUGCAACCUUCCCAAUGUGAUCAAGGCCUUCAGUCAGGCAGUGAAACUCUAAGAUUGGCCAGCUCUCCUCCAAGCGUGGACGCUGAACAGUUAACCGUAAGCAGAUCAUUUAGAGUUCCAGGUCCUGCAGCAGAAUCUGCCUGUAGUCCGGUUGGCAGCAUAGCAUUAAAUGCCUCCCGUCCGCUUGUGUUGAUAAAACAAGGGAGUCCAUCCGAAAAACUGUUUUUGUAUGCACAUGGAUCCACGGGGACCAACUUUCAAGGGAGCUUGCCCUUGAACUUGAAGAAGGUGGCUAUCAGUCAAAACGAUGCUAGCUGUGUGGAGAAAGUCACUAGUGUGACUGUAUCUUCCAACAAGGAAACCGUAGACGUGGGUGGAAAUGGCAAACCUCCUUCUAGCCUGAAUCCGCAGGACCCAAACUUGGAAGACACUGAGCUGGCAACUCUCCAAGGGAAAAGUCAGUCAAAGGAAGUUCCUGCAAGUCCACUCAUCAGCCUGCGAAGUGCAAAGAGCACAGACGAGUGCUUUUUGGGUCAGUUGGGACUGAAGAAAGUUGAAGAGUCUCUGCAAGCCAGCUCAAAAACCGAGGAUGCAGUAACGAAGGAGCAUGCAGGGAAAUAUCGUAGUGGGAGAGGAGUUGACCAACAAAGGGUUGGUGAGAAAGAUGGGUCAGGAGAUAGCAGAAUCUCCAAGGAAGAGUCUUUUAAGGAGCAUGAUGCACAAGUGAAAAGCUCUCCUGGACAAGUGCCUCAGCCCAAACUCCCACAAGCAAACCAACCUCCAAAGGCUGUUCCUGUUGCUGCUUCAAAGGUUCCCACAAUGGUGAUCAGUCACGUGGGUGAUAACAACAGCCUGGCAGAAGUUGACAUCUCUGGUUUGAGCAAUGUCCUGAGUAAAGAUGGUCAAGCCUCUAGUGUUCCCACUAGUAAUGCACCAACCGUUUUUGGGAAGAACACACCAAUAUACAUCAAGGUUAAACUGGAAGAGAAGGAUGUAACAGUAAUUUGCUGCCCAGUUGCUCUGCUACUGCAGCACAAGGAGAUCUUAGAUGUGACCCUCCAAGCUAACGAUCCAAAUGCCUACUCCAUAAAGUGUCGCAAGUGCUUGCACGAAGUCUCAGAACCAUAUGCCAUGCUGCAGCACCUUAAGGCACAGCACCAGAUUCAGGGGUGCCUACAGAAGCUACUGAAUCUGAACAGCCAGCACCUGGGUUGCAUGAGCAAGCCAGUUUGUGUGAACAUCCCUGGUGUGUUGACACUACCCGAUGGACUCUCCGACAUGGAGCAAGGUGUAAUUCGCUUCAACAGCUUGGGUAUACCAAGACUGAGCUUUGUCUGUCGGCUCUGCCCACUGAAUUUUCACUCUGCAAGAGGCCUCAGUUCCCACCAUCAGUACUUCAUUAGGUCCUUGUACAACAAAAGCCAGCACUCUGUUAACAACUCAAGGUGGUUCUGCAGGAUGUGUCCACGGCAGUUUCGUAACUUUUCAGACUAUUAUGCCCACCAUAAGUGGAUGCGCGUUGCCAAAGACUUGUUUGUCAACACAGACCAAGUAAGUAAGAAGAAGUUUCAAGUCAUGGAUGAGUCUGGAAAGGUAGUUGCCAGCGUGGAAGUUCCCAAGAGUCACAACUUGACCAUCAAGACUUGCCCAGCAGCAAAUUGUGACUCCAGUGAGAAUAUUGGCUGGGGACGUAAGCCAAGCCUUCUCGACGAUGGAUCUCCUCUGGGUAGAUUGGAUCCACUUGUCCCUGACAUGAAUGAACAUUCACUUGAUAACGAUGCUCAAAUUCUGGUGUUCAACACAGCAAUUCCUAUAUCAACAUCAGAGGGUACGAGCUACAAACAACAGACAGAAGCAGAAAAAGAGAAGAAGACAGCUCCUCCACUUUUUCAAACACUAGACAGCCUGUGUCGGAGGCUUGCCCAGCGAGUGGAUAGCUCAACCAGCUUAGACAAACUGAUCUCCGUAGGGGACAAGCAAGUGGACGAUGACCAUGAAUAUAUGUGUGGUAUAUGCCACAAGACCUUUCCAAGAUUACCUCAAAUGCAAGGCCACAUGGGCAGCCAUGUAAGGAAGCGUCGGACCAAUAAAAGUGUACCACCUGCCCUGGCAACAAUAGCCACUCCCCAAGCUGAACCACCGUCUGUUGAGCCACCCCCAGCACCGGAGCCUGUGGAUGUCGAGUACAAGUGUGGUGUCUGUCAUAAGACCUUCCCCAAGCUGGCCCAGAUGCAGAUCCACAGUGAAUGCCACAACAGGUCCCAUCCAGCCAACAAAAAACGCAUGAAAUCCCUUGACACUCCCUUCCUUGAGACCGUGAAGCUUAUGUCAUUCACCUGUGACAUGUGCCAGUGGAGCUUCCCAACAGAGACUAAGCUUUGGGACCACAGGAGGAUUCACAACCAGAAGAAAAUUGAUGAUGACGAGACCAAUAUGUUCUCAAAAGCUUCUGGGGAUGUACAGAGGAAGACCUUGUUUGUCUGUGCCUACUGCAAAAAGUCAUUUGCCAGACAAGUGAAUUUGUUGUUCCAUUUAAAGAAGCAUGGAACAGAACAGCUUCCACCAGGCUUAAAUCGUGUAUCAACUUGCUCCAGUCUGAGGGUUAAGGAAGAAGGAGAAGUCCAAAUGAUUGCUAGUCAUAAUCCAGAUUUGGAGUCUCGUUCUCAUGCUUGUUCUCUAUGUGGCAGCGCAUUUCACUCCCAAAGGCAGCUAAAAAGUCACAAAGCUUGGCAUGCUAAAGUCCAGAAGGGGUCAGAUGAGCCCCCAGUGUCCCUAAUGGAAACUGGCAGCACAUCAAAGAAUACAUAUAUUUGCAACACAUGCAACAAGAUUUGCAGCUCUUUUGGGGAACUACAUGAUCACACUAAGCAGCAUGCCACACCUCGGAGGUUACUGGUCAGAUAUUCUUUGGAUGAGUCGGAUGCUGUCAAGAAAAGGACCCUUGCUCAGAGAGCUUGCAAAGAGAAGAAAAACAAGGACGCUUCUGAUGCCGAUGCCCCUAGCAAUAAAAAGAAGGGACGGUCUACCAGACGUAAGACAGAAGGCUUGUUCAAGUUCUUUUGCAGAAACUGUCGCUCGUACUUCAAAUCGAGUCAGCAGUUUGCAAGACACAUGGCUGUGCAUUCCAACUUGGCCGGCUCCAACUCCAGGUCAUCCUCAGACAGCCCUUCGGACAGCGCCGGACAUUCUAAAAUCAGCGAAGAUCCAGCACAAAAACUGAAGGAAAUUGAAGUAAGUGGUGAUGAUUCAAGUGAUGAGACAGACGUGAGUCGGUCAACGUCACCAAAUGCAGCUGAUGACCAACCCUCGGUGAUCGAUAAAGCCAGCCCACAGACAGGUGAAAACCUUGCAGAAGAAGAGGUUGGUGAAGUAACCAAGAACUCUGAGGUUAACGAAGAUUCCAGUCUUGCAGUUGAGGACACAAGUCAGACUUUGAAGAAAAGUGUGACUGAUGAACAAUCCCCACAGGCCAGUGAUAAAUCAACUGAGGAAAAGUACAUAGAUCCUGUCGUUACCUCCACAGUUUGCAGAUAUGCAAGUGCUGAGAUGGAAAAUGCAGGGAAACAAAAUUCAUCUGAUGAGGAUUUCUCACAGACUUGUGAUGAAUCAGGUGAGAAACGGCUUGAAGCAGGCUGUGUGGACUCGAAAGAUGUCAAAGAGACAAGCCCAAUGCUGGUUGACACAAAUAAUGAUGCGAGUUUAAAUGAGACUAUGGAAGGAACCGGAGAGGGCAAACUGGCUAAAAACUCCUUGGUUCACCACGAUACAGUUUCCACUGUGGAGAACAUCGGCUACUCAGCAACGCUAAAGUCACCAGCAGAAAUUGUCUCUGAGGAUGAAAAAGAAAGAGCCCAAAGCAGAAGUCCAACAAUUCAAGUGAUGCCUUGUGAUAGUACAAAUGUUGUGAUGGUUGGAAUGUGUCAAGAAGCAAGACCAAGCACACCCAAUAAACAGCCAUCUGAGAAUUGUGGAGCACACUCUCUGGUUGAUGAUCAGUCCCUACAGAAGCACAUGGCUGAUUCCUCUACGCAGAGCACAGAUUGUGACAAUUCUCUUGCAGUGAUUGAGAAUAACGACCAAGGUGCUACACCAAUUUCAAUUACAGAAAGUGAAGCAAGUCCUACAGUGAAUGAAGAGCAUGAGGAAUCAGUGCAGAAGGAAAGCACUCGCGUGACUGUCCAAACAGCUAUUACUGAUGAUUUGAGUAUAGCAGUGGAAGAGACCACGCCUGAAGACGGUUCGAGUCUGACAGAUGCUUACUCCUGCAAGAGUUCAUCAAGCGAUAACAAAAACUUGGAAACAAGUCAAGUUCUGACAAAGAAACAACAAGAUGAUCAACUUCCUGAUCCUCAAAAGCGUGAGAAAGAUUCUUGCGCUAAAAUGGAAACUGGAAGUCAGGAAAGUAUAGUUGAUGAACCACUGUUUUUAAUGGUUACUGACAGUCUGCAGACCACACCUCCGACACUAGAUGCGUCAUCCCCAGUGAUCUGUAACGUGCAGCUGAGUGAGAAGUCUGGUACAGUAAUGGACACUGGAAGUCAGAAAACCAGACCAAGUCUGCAUGAGGCACCAUUGUUAGUGAGCAGGGUCAAACUCCCAGACGAAGAUUCCUUUGCUAUGGUUGUCGCUGAAAGUCAAGAAACCAGACCAAUUAUAUCUGACGCACCACCCUUGGUGAUCAGUAAUGCAGAUCCAGAUGAGGAUUCCACUGCUGCGAUGGAUACAGAAAGUCAGGGAAGUAGACAAAGUAUACAUGAUGCGCCUCCCGUAUUGAGCUGUGAGGUGCAUCCACAUAUCAGCAAUGAAUCUACCCUAAGGGAGGGUAAUGACCCAGGUGCAAAUCCUGCACACGGUAGCAGUUCCAGUCUGAUGCUAGAGGAUACAAGAAUGCCCACAAUACAUAAAACAACUGAGCUUCCUUACUCAGCGGGUGAGACAAGCUGGCUAGAAACUUCCUCAGUACAGAAACAGGAUGUUAAACUGCUUGAAGACUCUGCAGAUGGUGACAAUGUGCAGAGCUGCAAGGCACCGGAUAGUGACUUUUCUGAGCCACACUCUGCAGUAAUUAAUGACUCAGUUCAAGAGGACAGCAGUCAAGGCUCAAAACUGUGCACCUUGGAGACAAAGUCCCAAGAGAAGGAGAUAGGACAAUCAAAAACAUUGGACAAACCCGAACAGCAACAGGAUGAUGAAAUAAAAGUAAAGCUGCAGUUAGCCAGUGACGAUGAGAAUACAACUAACCAAGUUCCGGCAUUAGGUCAGGCGGCUGAACCUGUGGCUGUUGAUGAUUCAGAUUCAGUUGCAGUGGACUCAAGUGAGGAAACAAAACCACUCACGUGUGAGAUCAAGCUCUUAAAGAGUUGUGAGGUACCCACAGUGAAGGAAGACAGCAAAUCUACCGAUUAUUCUACAGCUUAUGAUGCUUCAGUUGGUGGUGUUGUCGGAAUGAAUGCAUCUCAGGAGGCAAAAACAAGUUCAUCUGAUGCAGUUUUUGCAGAGAAUAAGACGGGACAAUCACACACCAGUGAACUCCCAGCACAGAAGGAGUCUGAUAAGCUUACCAGGGAUGUCACAGUUACUGUUAAUUCGGAUGUGUCACAAGAGGCAGAUCAGAGCAACGCAUCACCGCAGGAGACUCUUGGGGGCCUUCCGCAAACAAACGAUGCAUCAAUAGACGAGCCAAAAGAUGCUGAGCUGACUAAAGACAUUGCAGAUUGUGAUGAUUUUGCUGUACUUCAGAAAGCGAGUCCGGCAACAAGACCAAGUAUCUUUGAAGCAAUGACCCAGAAUAUUACCAAACCAAGUGAAGUACCUAUGCAGGUGUCUGAUGGGGGGAUCUCCACCCCUUCCAGAGUAGGUGAUGAGUCAAGCUCCGUGUUGGAAGAUACUGGCAGGGAAGCAGGACCAACUGAAUCGCCAUAUGAAGAGGGUGAAAAAUGGGGCUUCCCUAGAAAUAUGCCACGAUUCGCCUGUGACAUCUGUAACAAGUCGUUUCCCAAGAAAGCCCAACUCCGUGGUCACAUGGUAAAUCACAGAAGAUAUGGGGCAGGACCUAAGAGCAGUCAAGACAACUCAGACAGCACUGUGGAGGCUUCUGCAGAUGAACCAGUGGAAUUUACAGUACUGAAAGAUGCAGAACAUGACACGGGUAACUCAUCCAGCAGCUUGCCGAUGAAGGGAGAUGAGUUACAAGAGAAGAGUGCCCACGAUCUCCCAGCAAACUCCACAGAUUCUGUUGAUCCAGUAGCAGAAGUGAUCAGUGUGAAUCAGCAAGUGAGACAGAGUAUCUGUGAUGCCCAAAUGGCACCAAAUCUCCAAAGUGGUGCCUCUCUUUCUCAAAUCAAAGAAAAACCUUCACAACAACUUGAUCCAGACUCAGAGAUUGGUGACCAAUCAACGGCAGUCUCGGGCAGUGCUGGUGAGGAGGUGAGAAAGGCAGCAUCUGAUGCAGAUACUGACAAACUAUCACAGGACAAGGCAAUCACUUUGCGCUCUACAACUCGCAAAAGUGAAGUGGAUGCAAGUUCAGAGGCACAUCCAACUGAUCUAAGUCAAAACCAUCAGACCCUAGCACAUUCCAAGAGGAAUGAUGGAGAAAAGAAGCCUUUAAGUUGUCCCCAUUGUGAGAAAACCUACACCCGUAUUAACCAGCUCAAUGCCCACAAAAGAAUCCACAUGAGAGGAAGUAAGUUGUACAAGGACAACAACGGCAGUACAGAUGGUGCAAAAGGCAAAGGUCGUAAAGUUCACAAGUGUCCCAUCUGCCAUGCAUUAUUUUACAAUUACAAGAAGUUUUGUGGCCACAGAGGCGCGCACAUUGCGCACAAGACAACACAGUUCAGGAAAUACAACAUGGCAUCACAGGAGAGCAACUGCAAGGAGUCAUCACAGAGUAAACCGAAGGUCUUGGAACCAAAAGUAACAGAUUCCACCUCUGCAGGAGGCUCCAAAAAACUUGCUGGGAAGUUUACUUGCAAAUUCUGUCCUGAAACAUUCCAGAAUGUCGCGCAGUUGAGAAAUCAUAUCUUGGUCACCCAUCCAAUGACCAAGGGCAAGCCUUUCCUUCUGAAGCCAUUCACAUGCGAGCUCUGUGGCAAGUCCUUCACUAAGUCCAAACAGCGACAACUCCACAUGAAGCUUCAUGGCAAAAGGCGCCGCCGCCGAUUUAAGAGGACCAUGUCACUGCAAGACAGUGACCAUUCCUAUUAUAAAAAGCUCCCAGCACAACGUGGGAAUACAUCUGCUGAGGGCGUAGAAACUCAGAAACCCAAGGUGGAAAGAGAAGAGAGAAAAAUCAGCGAAGAAGAAAAAGCAAUCCCAGAUGUUGAAGCUCCCAAAGAGAAAGUCUUCAAGUGUCGGGUGUGUGACAGAUCCUUCAAAAAUCAAUAUCAGGUGGCUGGACACAUGAGUAUUCACAAAAGGUAUCCCUGCCAAUUUUGUCCAGCCUCUUUCACUCUUGCUAGACAGCUGUGUGGUCAUCUCAAGGUCCAUGGAGGCUCGCGAAAGAAAGUCAUGGAAGAAAGCCCGUCCUUGGAUGGUGAAAACCACAGUAGUGGUUUUAAAGCUUCCCAAAGUUCUCUUCUGUACAUGGCGUCCCAACGAAAGACCCAAUUCACGUCCAGCAGUCAAAGCAAUGCGCUUCUUAAGAGGGUUAUCAAGGUCUUUCUAACCGGCCCUAAGUCCAAAAAGAGACGUCUCAAAGGGAAAGCUGGUAAAUGGUUGCAACCAAAAGGCAGCCUCAAGCGCGCCCUAAUGAAACAUCAACAAGCUCAAAUGCAGAACAUAAUUGGGAUUUUACGGAAGUCAAUAAUCUUGGAGAUUGAUGCUGAUUCACACAGACUUGUCUAUGAGUGUAAGGGAUGUCAGAAGAUUGCCUACUGCCACAAAAACAUCCUUCGUCAUUACCUUGAAAAACAUUUGCAGUCAACUAUUGGAAUGGAGGAUGUGCCGCAAGUAGCCAGCACUAGGAGGGAAGAUGCAAUGCCUGCUCCCAACCCACGCUUUCGGAACAAGUCCAAAAUUGGAUGCCCUAUUUGUAAAGUUUCAUCUGGCUUCCAGUGUCAUCUGCACAAUGAAGAUGAACUCAUCGCCAUCGAUGCGUUUCUGAGACAUGAUGAUGACCAGGAGGUUUUGGCAUGCGACAGUGGUGAUGAGAGCUUCUCAAGACACAGUAAGCUGGUCCAGCACCGUCAGGACCAUGCCAAGAGGCAACCAGGUGAGCCAUUCCGCUGCUCUCAGUGUCCAUUUCAGGCCAAAUGUAUCCAAUCUCUGAUGGACCAUCAGCAGUUUCACUCAGAGAAGAGGGAGGAGAAACUACCCAAGGAGGCACCAGAUGGCGAGAAGUUGAUCAGCUGCCCGCAUUGCUCCUUCAAAGUGAAGAACGUGUUUGGUCUUGCUGCUCAUUCAAGGGUUCACAAAGGGGAGGUACGAGAAAGCGAGAAGUCGAUCAGCUGCCCAGAUUGCUCAUUCAAAGUGAAGAACGUGUUUGGUCUUGCUGCUCAUUCAAGGGUUCACAAAGACAAGGGACAAAAGAGAGCACUAGAAGAUGAAAGACAGAGUCCCGCACCAAGCUCAUCACCCAGUCCCGCACCAAGUCUUGAAGUCUCUCCUGAAAACACCCAGGCUUCAUCUGAUGGUACAAAACACAGAAAGAAUGCCUAUAACUGUUUUGCCUGCCCUAGGUACUUCUACACAGUAAAGGCUUACCAAAACCACAUGAAAUGUCAUGAACAGUAUUUCCAGUUUAAGUGCUCUGUGUGUUCCAGUUCCUUCUUGUCUCUCAGGAUGUUGGAUGACCACAUCAAGUCUGCCCACUCUGUCAAACUGCCUUACACCUGCAAUGAGUGCUCAUUCUCUUCACAGUCCUUUGAGGCCAUACAGAGCCAUAUUCAUGUGCAUUCUGAGGCUAAAGAGAAGAAGGAACGGCAGGCAAAUUGGUCAGCGUACUUGAAGGCAGUUUUGCAGAGAAAAGUACCUGAGUCAACAUCUGUCUCUCUUGAUGAAAGGCUAACAGAACAUACAACUCAUCCUUCAAAUGUUUUAAAUUAUGAUCCACAAGCACAGUCUCAACACCAGUUGGAGAGAUCGUGGAUUGCAUCAAACCUGCAUCCAGAGCGGGUUAAAAACCAUACUGCUACAUAUUCAGAACAUGAAGAUCCCACUAUGAGGAAAGCCAAACCUAAAUUUGUCAUGGAUAUUGAGACUCUCUCAGUGGAUAAGCAAGCAGAGGACAAUCCUCACCAACAGUCAGAUUCUCCUGAUGAGUACUUUGCUUGUUCACAGUGUAAGGACUUCCGGGCCUCCACUAAAGGAGAGUGGGAUAGCCACAUUGCCAUUGUUCACAAUGGUGGCUCGGGGCCUAAAAAGCUCAGGUGCUCGAUGUGCCAGUACACCACCAUUAACCAGGAACGCCUGGAGCAACACAGGAGGCUUCAUCGCCACCAGACCUUGCAGUGCAACUCCUGCACGUACCGCACGCCCAUGAGGCAUCUCAUGAUCCGUCACGUACAGACAGUGCACAGGCAGCACAGGCCCUUCCAAUGCAAGCUGUGCACAUAUGCCACAGCCUACCGACAUCACCUCCGGCGGCAUGCAGAGAAGCACAAGAACCCUAACUUCAGGUGCCGGUACCGCAAGCUGAUGAAGAAGGGGGACUGGCAAACUGCGGAAGCCAGCAACCGUGUCAUCUGCAAGAUCUGUGGAAGGGAGUUGCAAAACAAGAAGACCCUCCGCAGCCACUGCAUCAAGGUUCACAACAGAAUACCUGGUGGCAAGAAUCAACAAUAUGUCCAGGAUGAUUUCAGCAGUGGCGAGAUAAAGCCUGGGACAAGAUAUCAGCCAUCUUACUCCAUUAUUGUGGAGGAUGUUGCACCAGCACAGAUUGAGAAGAUGUACGAAUGCUCAGUCUGCUCAUUUAAGUUCAAGCGUCGCAGCGAUCUGAACCAGCACGUGGCGCAGGGUCACGUCGAGGCGCAGGCCAGCCUGCCAUGCCAGUGUCCCCAGUGUGGGUUGGUGACGGGCAGCGGUCAGCUGCAGCACCACAUGCUGGUACAUCAGGAGGAGAACCUUUUCCAGUGCGAGGAGGAAGGCUGCGACUUCAAGACGGCCCAAGCAGUUCACCUACAGCGCCACCAGAACAAGCAUGCUGCUGAGCGUGAUGUUCUGAUCACCUGCCGUUACUGUCAUGUCAAGUUCCCAGAUGCUAGCAGUCUCCAGAUACACAACGUCCAGGUCCACAGUGAGCGGACCAACACCAUAGGCACUCGGACCCCCUUCCUGUGCUCCCUCUGCCCCUUCACCAGCACUAACGAGAAAGAUGCCAACCGCCACUUCAAACUGCACAACUACAACCUGGCCUUUAAGUGCGAGUACUGCGUCUUCUCAUCCUCCACGGCCUCUGCCAUCGCCACCCACCAAAAGAUUCACCGGUACCCUCGACGCAACCCCUCCACGACAUUGGUGUCGAAGAAGGCCUCCCAGCAACAACGCCAACGAAUUACAUCCAGCACCUCGGUGAAAUCGGGAGACAAUCAGAACAGUCCUGUUGUAGGCAUCAUCCCAGAAAGGCCACGCCCCAAGCAUGUCUUUGUCAGCAACAAGGGAAAGAAGCUGUACGAGUGCCGGUAUUGUCAGAGGUUCUUUGAUGUUGCUGAGGCGUGGCAGCGGCAUGAACUCCGACACAUGACAGAGUGGCCUCAGUAUUAACCAAGACCUUCAUAAAGGUACAAGAGGAAAGACAAUUCAAAGUUCAAUAAGCUUGCAGUAGUUUAUGAGAUAGGGAUGAUGGGGAAAAAAGUAUCCCUCCCCUUUAGUUGAAUGAAAUUUUACAAAAUUUGAACAAAUAUCACUGAUUUUGGUGAACCAAUCCGAACCUACGCAUCUUGGUAAUUGCUUGUUGCAAAGUCAAAGGUGCAAAUUCUGCCUCCUACUUUCAAUGAUUAUAGAAUUUUUAUACAAGGAGAUAACAUGUGCAUGUUCUCAACAGAAACAAAUAAUGCUCUCGAUUUUUCCUUGUCGGCAUUACUUUCACCUACCUCGUUCCUUUUCCUUUAUAUGGGAAUGCCUUUGCGUGUUCCACAUACAUUUGUCUGAAUUUCACCACAAACUUUUAAUGCAAAAGCCAAGCCGACAAAAUUUGCCCC